AGAGAGCAGAGGACAACUCCUCCGCCACCAAGGAGAUCAAGCAGCACAGAGCAAACUCCUCAGCGACCUCCGCAAGACAGACCAUCCAGUACCAGACCAACGCCUACGCCAGAUCGUCCACCAAGUCGAGGAACAAGCGGGGCACGAACGCCAACGCCAAUGCGGAGAUGCCAAUGCCCUUACCAUUCUUCGAGUACACAGAAGAAAUCGCCCAGCUACGACGUCGCUUCUGUUUACGUGAAUCCCGAAUUGAGGAACGAAGGAGAACCUCCAGAAUCGGCUGCGGCACCUCCUCAUUCACGUAAACAUAGAGGUAGACAUGGAGGCCAUCACAGAGAUCAUCGCAAAAACCGUAGGACUUCAUCUAGUGUUUCUGAUGACACGCGAACUCCGAAGGAGGACAGCCGAAAAGACGACUUGACGAAAGGGACUUCCGGAAACCACGAAAGGAGAAAGAGCGACUGGAUGAAAGGGACUUCCGAAAACCGACUCCACGAAGGGAGCAACAAGAAGACUACUACUCAGUUCCGGAACCGCCACCAGGCAGGGCAACACAUAUUCUUGUAUCUCAUGGAGAGACUGCCAACGAAAUGUUCCCGCAGUGGGUUAGGCUCUCGUGCCAGAAAUGGUAAAUAUCAUCCAUAUGAUCUCAACCUGCCAGCAACCCUUCCCAAACACCUAUGGACUGAUUACAAAUUAUGA